ACACAUUCCUUCCACCUUUUCCCUUCCCUAGCUUCCCUUCCCCUCACCCUCCUAUAUAAAGGACACCCUCCUAUAUAAAGACACCCAUCUCAUACUUUACACAUUCCUCCCUAAACCCAUAAACCAAACACACCAUAAUGUCUCUCUACCUAUUUGAUCUCUUCUUUUUCUUUUCCUUCCUUAUUUUCUUCUCCUCUUUUCUUUUCUCCUUUCUCUACACCAAAUCCUCAUCUUUAACCUAUGGCCCACCUUCAUACCCUAUAAUAGGGUGCCUAUUUUCCUUCUACAAAAAUAGAAAAAGGCUCCUAGAUUGGUACACCGAAUUAUUAUCUAAAUCUGCCACGCUCACAAUUAUCGUACGACGAUUGGGAGCGCGAAAAGUCAUUGUCACAGCUAAUCCUGACAAUGUUGAAUAUAUCCUUAAAACAAAUUUCCCAAACUACCCUAAAGGACAACCUUUAGCUGAAAUUUUAGGUGAUCUUUUAGGACAUGGUAUUUUUAAUGUAGAUGGUGAAUUAUGGGCUUCUCAAAGAAAAUUAGCAAGUCAUGAAUUUACAACUAAAUCUCUUAGAGAAUUUGUUGUUAAGACUUUGGAAGAUGAAGUUGAUGGAAGACUUAUUCCUUUGCUUCAUUUGGCUGCUAAACAAAACAAUAUUAUUGACUUACAGGAAGUACUAAAAAGAUUCACAUAUGAUACAAUCUGCAAACUCUCUUUAGGGAUAGAUCCCAACUGUCUAGACCUAUCGGUUCCGAUCCCACCUCUCAUUGCUGCGUUCGAGAAUGCUGCUGCAAUCUCCGCUAGGCGAGCCACUAGCCCAGUGUACAUCAUUUGGAAGCUCAAACGAGCCCUUAAUAUUGGCUCGGAGCACAAACUCAAGCAGUCCAUCAACAUACUCCACCGCCUUGUCCAAAACAUCAUCUCGACUAAACAAGAGUCGCUCACUGAUUUGAAAGAUGGACAAAAUCAAGACUUGCUAUCUCGGUUUCUUCGUGCAGGGUAUGAAGGCGAGCUGGCUAGAGAUAUGGUGAUCAGUUUUAUUAUGGCUGGACGGGAUACUACUGCAGCUGCGAUGACAUGGCUAUGUUGGCUGUUAUCUUCGGUGGACCCUCCUGCUCGAGAGAAUAUCAGAUCGGAGUUGGAAGGUGGACUAGAGUCGGAGUCUCGCCCUUUAGGGUAUGAGGAUGUGAAGAAUAUGAGAUAUUUGCAUGCUUGUUUAUUCGAGGCCAUGAGGUUGUAUCCUCCGGUAGCCUGGGACUCAAAACACGCUGUAAAGGAUGAUGUUUUACCUGAUGGGACUAGAGUCGGGAAAGGGGAUCGGGUGACAUACUUUCCAUAUGGUAUGGGGAGGAUGAAGGCUAUUUGGGGGGAGGAUCGGUAUGAGUUCAACCCGGACCGGUGGUUUGAAACUCGGGAUGACGAACAAUCUUUUUCAGAAACCGAAAAUAACAACUACGAUACAAGAAAAUUGAAGAUGGUAAAUCCUUACGAGUACCCAAUUUUUCAAGCCGGACCUAGGGUAUGUCUCGGGAAAGAAAUGGCAUUCAUUCAAAUGAAAUAUGUCAUGGCCUCUAUCUUAAAUCGGUUCGAUUUUGAGCCAGUUAGUAAAGAAACUCCAGUAUUUGUGCCACUUUUGACUGCUCAUAUGGCAGGAGGACUAAAAGUAAAGGUGAAGGAAAUCACGAAAAAAUAAUGACAAAACGUCGAGUUCAUAAUUAAAAUCUAUAGUACAAUCGGAAACAUGAUGUUUUGAAGGUGAACGCGUUACGAUAACCCGCAAGGAGUUACCUUGUGGUGUCCUAUAAGUUUGGGGGAGAGGGGGAUUCUUAAGGGGUACCCCCUAGCAGGGAGGACUUUCAAGUCUAUUAAAAACAUGGCUUUUGACCCCUUCCUAUAAACCUUGUCCAUAGUUGAAUAGAAGAGGGACUUUUUGGCCUUGAUUAUGUUGCUUUGAAAUCUAGUGAAAGCUUAGUUAAUGGCAUUUGGAAGCAUAUGAUUAUCUCUAUAUUGAAUAUUAUUAUCUUUUGGUCACAAUUUUGGUUAUUAUGGUGUUUUAUGAAUAGACAUGCUCACAUAUGCAGGCCCCACUUGUUGCGUUAUUGGUCACGUUCCCAAGAAAGGAGGGUCAUUCACAUGUAUGCUACAAUUUAGGUAUUGGUCACAAUCUACACAUAAAUUCACCUCCAAUCUCUAAUUUCUAGUGACUUGUUUGAUUGGCUAAAUCAUUAAAUGUUUUUAUUAGUUUUUAAUCUAGUUGGAGGUAUAAAUUUUUUAGAGAGAUAUUGUAUGUUGCUUGUUUAUUAAGGAAAAAAAUAAACUAAGAAAAAAAAACCAAUCAAAAAAGAUAACUGAAGCUUCCUUUUCAUUUUGACUUAAACGUCAACUGAAGUCAUUCAAAAAAAUUUGUCUUUUUGACCAACCAACAAUCUAAAAGAUAAAAGUCAACCAAAUAGUCAACACAAAAACAAACUACCAAACACCCACAAAAGCUUUUCAAUACUAAUAAUAAUAAUAUUGAAAUUGCACAUAUAAUUUUGACACUAUUGCACCAUUAUUUUUAUUUUUAAAUUUUAUUAUAGGUAGGUAGAAGAAAGGAGAACACUAGAUGAGAAUCAAACCAAAGAUGAAAAAAAUCUUACUUGCUCCAAGACGCAAAAGAUUCAAUAUUUGAUAUUGGCAUUUGCAAUGACGCAAAAGAUUCAUAGUUCAAUGUGGUUAAAGCUCCUUUGAGCGAGUAUACAUAUAACUAUUAGAAAUAACCAAUAAUGAUAAAAAAAAAAA